AACGCCAUCUGACUCCUUUCGUCCAAUUGAAAUCAUCGUAACGAAAACAGCCCGGAAUUUGAAUUUCACCACUUUCUACCGUUCUCUGUCGGAGAGAAACUCUAUAACGCUGAAGUAAUGGAUGCUCUCACAGAAGAAGGAACUAAAAUGUAUUUUUAUGAAAACAGACUGAAAACGUUUGAAGGAUGGCCCUUUGAUGAGGACUGCACGUGUACCCCGGAAAAUAUGGCCAAGGCUGGUUUCAUUCACACUCCUUCAGACAACUGCCCAGACAUCGCCAUGUGUUUCUUCUGCCUCAAGGAGCUUGAAGGAUGGGAGCCAGAUGAUGAUCCAGAAAAGGAGCAUAAAUCCCACUCACCAUCCUGCCACUUCAUUUCCCUGAAGAAGACAGUGGAGGAGCUGACUGUGGAGGAGUUCUUUAAACUGCAGAAGGAGAGACACAAGUUUGUUAUUAAAAAAAAAUGCAACGAUGCCAUCACCUUGUAUGAGGAAGCAGCCAAACUAAAAAGAGCAGAUAUUGUAAAAACAGCCAUGGGAGAAGAGUAACAAAUAGACAGGGAGAGAGAGAUAAGUGAGCUGUUUCCUUUUGAAACGUUCUGUCAUCUUUUAAUGUCUAAUUUGUGGGUGUUUGUCACUUUAAAUGUCUGUUAUUCAUUAAACUUGUUUAUUUUUUA